GAUGCACACAUGGAUGCCUCUCGCACUCUGCAAAUUCAUCAUCAGCAUCUUGCAUUAGUCAUCUGAUGGACUGCCAAGUGUUUCAUUUUCUUUCCAUGUGACUUUAUUAUUACCACCUCUCUUCCAAAACCUCUGAAAAAGGGCGGGGAAUGGGGGAGAGGGUGAGAAAUCCAGCAGAAUCCAGCUCUGCCUUUCUUUCUCAGGGAUAACCAGUGCCGAGCUGAUAAUGCUGCCGAUUUGUGAUGUGUUGAUGGCAGCCUUGCCAAUUGAGACCUGCACUUAACUUGCAGCUGCCUCCCAAGCCUGGGUUUUGAGAUGCCCAUGCCCUGGGUGACAGGCGGCCAGUCACUGCCCUGUGCUCCGGAGUCAAUGCUGAACAGCAGCAGCGUGCAGUGAAAGCAUCACGCUGCUGCUGAGAAGCAACCUAAUGUAACGGCACAGCCAACAAGAUGAACGGAGCUUUGGAUCAUUCAGACCAGCCAGACCCAGAUGCCAUUAAGAUGUUUGUCGGACAGAUCCCUAGGUCCUGGUCGGAAAAGGAGCUGAAAGAACUUUUUGAGCCUUAUGGAGCUGUCUACCAGAUCAACGUCCUCCGGGACCGGAGUCAGAACCCUCCCCAGAGUAAAGGUUGUUGUUUCGUAACAUUUUAUACAAGAAAAGCUGCACUUGAGGCCCAGAAUGCACUGCACAAUAUUAAAACUUUACCUGGGAUGCAUCAUCCCAUUCAGAUGAAACCUGCAGAUAGUGAAAAGUCAAACGCUGUGGAAGACAGAAAAUUGUUCAUAGGAAUGGUUUCCAAGAAAUGUAACGAGAACGAUAUCAGAGUGAUGUUUUCUCCGUUCGGUCAGAUAGAAGAAUGCCGGAUUCUCCGGGGACCUGAUGGGCUGAGUCGAGGCUGUGCGUUUGUCACAUUUUCUACAAGGGCAAUGGCACAGAAUGCAAUCAAAGCCAUGCAUCAGUCUCAGACCAUGGAGGGCUGCUCUUCACCAAUCGUGGUGAAAUUUGCUGACACUCAGAAGGACAAAGAGCAAAGGCGCCUCCAGCAGCAGCUUGCACAGCAGAUGCAACAGCUCAACACUGCCACUUGGGGGAACCUAACAGGACUGGGUGGACUUACCCCACAGUACCUGGCGCUUCUGCAGCAGGCCACCUCCUCCAGCAACCUGGGUGCAUUCAGUGGCAUUCAGCAAAUGGCUGGCAUGAAUGCUUUACAGUUACAGAACCUGGCAACGCUGGCUGCUGCUGCAGCUGCUGCUCAAACCUCAGCCACCAGCACCAAUGCAAACCCUCUGUCUAGCACAAGCAGUGCCCUGGGAGCCCUCACGAGCCCCGUGGCUGCUUCAACCCCCAAUUCCACUGCUGGUGCGGCCAUGAAUUCCUUGACCUCUCUUGGGACUCUACAAGGAUUGGCUGGAGCCACUGUCGGAUUGAAUAAUAUUAAUGCACUAGCAGUUGCUCAAAUGCUCUCAGGUAUGGCGGCUCUGAAUGGAGGACUUGGCGCCACAGGCUUGACGAAUGGUACGGCUGGCACCAUGGACGCCCUGACCCAGGCCUACUCAGGAAUUCAGCAGUAUGCGGCAGCUGCACUGCCCACUUUGUACAGCCAGAGCUUGCUGCAACAGCAGAGUGCUGCAGGCAGCCAGAAGGAAGGUCCAGAGGGGGCAAACCUCUUUAUUUACCACCUUCCACAGGAGUUUGGAGACCAGGAUAUUCUACAGAUGUUCAUGCCCUUUGGAAAUGUUAUCUCUGCUAAAGUCUUCAUUGACAAACAGACCAAUCUGAGCAAGUGCUUUGGUUUCGUUAGCUAUGACAAUCCAGUUUCUGCACAAGCUGCAAUCCAGGCAAUGAACGGCUUUCAGAUCGGCAUGAAACGCUUGAAGGUGCAGCUGAAGCGCUCCAAAAACGACAGCAAACCUUACUGAUCCUAACUGCAGAAGCUCCCUGCUCUUAUUUUAGCUUUCUUAGGGUAAGUCCCACAAGCCAGCCUGUUCUGAACAGGGAAGGCAGAGGAGGGACCGCAAUGCCAACUUUUACCAAGAGAGACGGUUAUUUUUACAAUAAGGCCUCCACUUCUUCCACUCACGCCCCACCCGAUCUGCCAUAAUUAAAACCUGGCUACCUUGUUUUUAUUGAGUAAACCCCUCCUCCAGUUGUGCCACUGUAUUCUCUGUUUGCAAUUUGAAUAUCCUUACUCUUUUAAAAAAAUUGUUUUGCUUUUUUAAAGAAAAACAUAUAAACAAGUAAAUGACAUCUUGAGAAUGUGAAAGGCAAGCAAACACUAAUGUGCAGUUCUAACUCUGAACCACUGGUGCCCCAAGAGCACUGCCUGGAGAACUCACCCCUCCUUGCCCGCCCGCCUGCCCGCCCGCCUGCCUGCCCCUCAGAGGGCCCCACGGUUAGAGAUGACGUGGUGGUCCAGCAGAGGGAGAUGCCAGGAGAAGCACUUAAAACUCCACAAAACACCCUCCCACUACAUUGGUUUCUUUUAAUAUAAGUAGGAUUUUAUUUUAGGGUUCAAAGAAACAUGACAUUUAUUGGUCAGAUUAUUACACUGGUUGUCUAUUUUGUUAUUGUUUUAUUUUUGUUUUUAGAAAGGAUUAAUGUAAAAAAAAAGAUUUAGAGAUCUGUUUCUUAAAGCUACAGGGUUUAAAAAUAAAAUAAAAAUGAGUGAAAAUACUUGAUGUUUCUUGAAAGAUAAAUUUAAUAAUAAAUAAAUACAUAAAUAAUACAUAAAUAAAAAAGAAAGCCACAGGCCUGUAAAUUUUAUUUGUAAAAAAGCAUUUCUAUUUUUAUACAAAAUUUUUACUGCCUCAGAAAUACUGGAAGUUAUUUAUUGCCUAUUGUUAACUUAUUGGGUAUCUAAAGAGCAGUUCUCUGUCUAGCUAGAACCUUCUGAAGUAGUCUCGAGAGGAAUUGUUCUAGGAAUGGGCUUUUUUUCACCGUUGAACCCUAGACCUAAAGUUCAUGCUUUAUCCUCUUGUCGUUUGUAUUUGUCUGAUUAUUUUGUUUGUAAUUUCCAUUAUCUAGUUUACAAUUCAGUUGUCUUGACUUCCCCAUAUGUCACCUUUGUUCAAACUGGACCCUCUCCUCUGUCCCUUGCUAGUCCUUCACCCCAAAACACCCAGAAUCCAUCCCCUCUCACUCUCUCCAGAUGGAUUCUCUUGGGGUUUCAUUGUGCUGUGGAAAAAGAGUGUAAGAAAUGCAAAUUAUGUGAAUGGCUCAUAGACUCCCUGAAGACCUAAGAUUUGCAUUAGUUUUCUCCCCACCCUUGAAAGUGAUGUUGUUGCUGCUGCGUAGACUCUGUGUAACUUCUGACUCUUCCUUGUUUUCUCCCCAGACAUCUUCAUGCCCGUUAGUCAUCGUUUGCCUAGCAUGUCCCUGUGGCGUCUCAAAAACAGUUUCAUCGUCCCGUCAUUGUUUCUGAUGUCUUUCUGACCUCACAUCAUAUUUGGUUCUCCUACUGACCUUUGAUCUAGUUUUGACCUUUGAAAUUUGCAUGUGACCUCAUCUAGCUAUGAAUUCUGGGAAGUCAAUGUGAAAAACAUUGCUGCAUUCAUGCAAGACUGAAAUUAUUAGACAAAUUAUAGAAAACAAAACCUGUGGCAAAAAUGUUUCUUUCUUAAUUUUUUUUUUCUUUUCAUAAAACAGACUUGAAAGUAUUACACAGGGAUUGGCAUUCUGCCCGGUCACUGGUGACAAUAGCAAUAUGUGUCCAGGGACACAGAAUGUUGGUUUCUAACAGACUACUUCCAAAAACAGUUUGAGAAAAAAAAAAAAAACUGUCUGAUUUUAAGUCUCUAGAGGUCUGUAAUAGUUUUUACAUUUUUCAGGCAGUGUAAAGUUUUUUGAUAAGGCCAUUUUAGGUGGCUCACUUUCUCAUUAAGAUAUAUAUAUAGAACCACUUUUUGUAGAUUAGUAUAAGAAAAAUAUUUACCCUGUUUUGGGGCAAAUGCUACCUAUUUGUGUCACCUUUUGCUGAACUGACUCACAGUUAGACAAUCCAUGGUUUAAUGCACAUGAAAUUACCUAUAUUUUAUACUGUUCCAAUGUACAGGAGAAAGGCUACUGUAAGCUGCGUCAUGUUGGUGCUUCUGUGGAUUAAGUUGUGCUCUCAUCACGAGUCUUAAGGUCUUAAUGUUAUUUGUUGAUAAGACAAGCUUAGAAUUGGUUUACUUAAAACAAAAAAAAAAAAAAAAAAANUUUNAAAAAAAAAANUUNUUUGNNNAAAAAAAAAAAAAAGUUCAUGUGAGAGAAAAAAAAAAAAACUAUUCCAGACUAAGUUUUGUGUUGGCCUGAGAAGCAUUGGCGUCACUUUUUUUUAUUGUGGACUAUUAGAUGUGUUUGUGUUCAGCAAAAUGUGAUCUGUUUUGUUUUUUCUUUUAAAGAAAAAAAGUGAAAACUAUCUAGUGCCAAAUUCCAAAGGUACUUCCUUCCUAGAGCUUCGCGUGUUUCCUGUGAGAAGUGAUUUGAUAACAUGGUAUUUUAUUAUGUGUUUUGUAUAAAUCCCUAAUAUUUAAAACAAAAAAAAAAAGGUUACAAAGUUUGUUAACUUGCUAUUCCGUGGUCUUGUUGCCUGAAAUUGUUAUUGUUUGUUAUUUCUCUAUGCUGUUUUUUGUAAGACAUUGUAUAAGUGCCGUGUGUCACUUUUCUAACCUCUCCACGUCAAUGCUGUGCCGGCAGCCCUCACAAUGUAUUCUCUUCAUAAUAUCUGGAAACCUCUAAGGUGAGAAAGUCCUGAACUUUUAACCCUUUCUACCCAGAGCUAUCUGGAAUGUUGGUGACUUUUUAUACUGUCGUCCUUGGGUUUGUUUUGGGGUGUUUAGAUUUUUUUUUCCAUUUGUAUCUUCUGAGUUAUUUUUUGUUUUUUGAGUCAUACACCUACCCAAAAAACCCCUAAGUCUUUUUCCUAAACCAUUUUUUACUUUCUUUUUUAUCCCCCUCCUUCCUAUUAUCCUGUGCUCCUUUAGUUUAAAUGUAAGAGAUUGAGUAGACCCUGUGAAGGUAAAAAUAGGUAGAUUUUAGCCCCUACACAAACCCUAAAGACAAUGUCUGCUUUUUGAGAUCGGGCUUCAUGGUAUGCCCUGGUGUAGAAUAUGUUAUACCCCCUGGGGUUAAAUGGCUUUGUGGUGGUCCAGUCUUUCAAGAAGUUUUGCUUUUGUUUCUUAAAUACCCCUAUGAAAUGCUGAGUCAGCCUUUGGCUCGGGAUUCUCAGACACCUGUGGACACCUGAAUACACAAGGUGUAUCCUGAAAAGCCCACACAUUUCAAGUGGUUGGCCACGUAAGAGGAGAUGAGCUGCUCUUCACCACAGUUACUACCAAAUACUAGGACUAGUUCCUGCUGUUGCUCUGGAAAGUGCCAUAUUCCUGAGUCUGGCUUCACAUGAGCAAAUGUCUUGUUCUGACAGACCCCAGUGUCAUGCCUACAGUCCCAACACACACCCAGCCCCUGGGGAAACCCACCCUGCAAGCUUCUGGUCUCAGCUCCCUUUUUCUUUACACCCUCCCCCCAUUUGAUUUAAUGUGUGCGUGAAUGUGAUAGCCCUGAGAUGGAAAGGAUUAGCCUCUCACAAUGCAAAAAAAAAAGUUCCCUCCUUACAGCACGUGCACUUCCAGUGACAUGAUUGGUGUUAGCCCACUGUUUACCACUGCCGGGGCCUUCCUUCAUCCUUGAGGGCUAUUUUGUACUUUCUGCAGCACUCAGCUCACUAACAGUGAUCACACACAUUCUCAGUCUCUCUAUGGUGGUGUGUAGGUACACGUGUAGAAACACAAGAGAAUACCAGUUGUAUUUCAUAGACCAUCUCGUUCACAAUCUAUUUAGUUACCAAUGAUAUAAAUCUCAAAAAAAAAAAAAAAAUUCUUGACUUUUUUUUCCCCCCAUGGAAGCAAACUGCCCUCCUUCCUCUUAACCUUCCUGCGGUGCCCGCAGAGGCUCGGGCCAGGCAGGUACUUUCUGUUGAGUGUUUCUGAUUUUGCAGGCAACCAAGACAGUCCACUGAGGGGAGGGUUUUGGUUUUGCAUGUUUCAUUGUUAGAAAGAUAGCCUUCCUCAGAGACAGACUGUCCUCUCUCUCUCAGAAUCAAAAGGAAACGCUGUAAGGGUGCACAGGGCCUGUUUCCGGAAGACAAAACACAGGGAAACUGCAUUUUUAAAACUCAAGUGUAAAGCAUAGACUUUUAAAACUCACUCAGAGAACUCUGAUCAGAUGGCACCGCCACGGUGUGACAAGUUCAUCUUUCCUUCACCGCAGGGGUUCUAGUUCCUUGGCUUGUGCUACUCUGGAAUCAUUUACUGUUUCUGUUUUUAUUAUCUUAAGUGCUAAUUAAAAAAAAGAAAACUUAAAAAAAUGUAGUUUCAUUACCUUUUGAAUAAUGUCAUACAAAAAUGUAUUUGUGUUUUUGUGCUGUGGGAAUUGUUGUUUGUAGAUUAAUAAUACCAUUUUGUUUAGAACUACAAAAUAGUUUUUAAAUAUUGUCUGAGAAAAGCCAAAGUUAAUGCAACCUAGUGGAAACUGUAAGACCAUUUGAGUAUUGUUUCUGUUUAUUGAUGCAUUUGGAUUUUGUUGUUUGAUGGAAUUUGAGCCAAAAAACAAAAACGCAGGCUUUCCUAUUUCUACAACUGAUUGUACUUACGCAUUUUGUACCAGUGGGAUUUUUUAUACUGGAGAUUAAAAAAAAAUGGAAAUUUUUGUGGCUUACUCUUGUGGGCCCCCUGACAAUGACUGAUUUCAAGUUUGAUUUCUGGUUGAUAGAAAGAAAGUUGCUUUUCUUUUAAGAAUUAAAAACUUUGGCUUGAUUUCUUUUUUUCCCUUUGCUUAUAUCUAGCAUUAGAAUUUUGUCUUAAAAUGCAGCGGUAAGUUUCACUCUUUAUUCUGUACUGUGCAGUUACACAAUAAGAUAAUUAGAUUUAGAAGUACUCAGUCACUUUAAGUGGAUAAAUGUAUUAGUUAAACUUUAGGAGUUUGCUUUUUUGCUGUUUAGAUCGAAGUUUUUUCUGACCCUUCUGUCCUCAUUGUGAACAUAACCGUGUAGUUGAAACAGUCAGACUUAUUUUUGUAAUGUAUGUUAUUGUGUGAUGCGGUUUUUUGCUUCUGUCUCCAAUAUUAAACCAUUUUCCUAAUACUUGUUUCUCUCUCUGCGUGUUGUAUUGUUGGUAGUCAUUUUGUGUUGGUGACACAUCUACACAACCUCACUGUUGCACGUAUCUGUUCUUUUCUAUAUGUUGUGUAAAAAGAUACAGUCGAUUCCACCUAAGUGAAUAUCUGAUUUGGGACACGAAGAAACUGCACAUCCCACCUCUGGUUCAUCCACAGCCUACCCCUGACUGAUGCUUCCAAGACAAUAUGCCUUUCCCUCUGAUUCCUCUAGGACUGCCUAGAGGGCUGCACUUGGCAAGGCAUUUUAUGGUCUUUUGACCACGCAUGUCCUUUCGUCUCCCCUCCCUCCUAUCCACAGUCCCUGAAGUCUCUCCUAUAGCCUUGGGAGGAACAGAAGCAGUAGACCCAGGGCUUCUUCAGUCUACCUUCAAGUAGUCACCCUCAGGGAAAGGUAAAAUAAAACUAGCUGGCCAACAGGGGGCAGGUAAACCAGUUAAACUUAGGUGUGUGCUACAUUGAUCAAUGGGUAUGUAUAGAAGUACAUUUCUAUUCGCUAAUCAGUUUAAUCCAGGAGUAGCUUCAAUUAUUACAACUCACAGAAGUGGGAAGACUUACAGGUAUUCAAUGAGGGAGGUGGGGGGAAUUCUGCUCAAGUCCUUGCUCUCUGUUUCCAAAGGGGAGCUCAGAAUGCCAUAGGUCCAUUGCCCCCCCCUCCCGCCAGUAGACACAGGUUAGGAAGGAGAUGUGUUCUCUCUGUACCCAACCCCUGAUCAGAGAAGAACUACCCCACUCCCCCUGCAGUGAACACCACAAGCCCUCCCUGCUCUACUAUCUACUUGCUUAGGAGUCUGGCUGCCCUCAAAGAGUGCUUCCCAUGGCUGUCCUCUCCCUUCUCUUCUCGCCCGUGCCAGGACACCCUGAGCUGGUGUCAGCAGAAAGCUCUGGCUGCCUACCCUCUGGUUUCAGCUGGCCCCUCAGGCCCUUUCUUCAGUCAGGUCAACAACCAUGGGCCUACCAAGCAGAAGAAAAGUGGCUCUUUCCCUAGGCCAAACACCUCACUGGGAAUGAGGUUCCGAGCCCUGAUCCUGCUCUGACAAAAGCUGAUUUCUAGUGAUGCUUGGGCUGGCUCUCUCAGGGCUGGGCCUGCUCAGUUGCCUCUGAAUGGUCACUGCUUCACUAGUGAGGGUAGACUAAAGUGUGCUUUCUUUUUCUUUUCUGGAGGAAUGGGCGGCAUCAGGGAGGGAAGGCCUGGGAAAGAGGAUGGUAAAAUUUGUUCCAAGAUGUGUUUCUUCUUGAAAUCUUAAUAUGACCACCAUUCAGCACAGGGCAUGAUGUUCGCGCACUGAAAGACCAACUGGGCUUUUCUACCGAAGACACAAAGGCUCGGUCCUGUAAGCACUUGUGACUAUAAAGUCAGCCGCUGCUUAAAUUCACACUCAGCAUUUAUUUUUUUGUGUAACUCCCACCAUGUUUGUGAGCAGGUCUGCCCAUGCAUAGACCACCAUGAGAAGCCAGACAACUAUCAGCAUUCACUGGCUGAUGGAAGCCAUAUGCCUGCCAGGCCGAAGCAAUGGGGUGUGAUCUGCAGGCUCAUAGCUAGCAGGCUAGGCAAUGCAGUGAACACGAGCGGACCAUGCAUCGUUCCUGAUAAGUGAAUAAAACACUGUGGCCAGGCAAUCAGCUUAUUCACUUAUCAGGAAUCGACUGUUCUACUAAUUCACUGUUUUUGUUUUUCAUUCUGUUGUAGUUCACUAUUUUUGCUGUGUUCUGUUUUUUUUUUUUUUUUUUUUUUCCUCUCAUGCUUGGGCAAAUUCACUGGAGAUAUUACCUUCAUGUGACCAUGAACCGUUUCUAUCGAGUGAAAAUGGUAUCUUAACAAAAUCUAUGCACUUGCUAUCAGGAACACAAUACUGGAUGUGUCUUAUAUAUAUUGAACUAUAUAGUACUCGAUUUCUUAAAUAAAGCUUCAGAAAGGA